GAGAUAUAGCUUAAAGUCUUUACUCGGUUUGGUUUUUACAGAAAGCAAAGCUCUCAGCUAAGAAAAAAUGGUGGUAAGAGGCAUUCUCAGUCCCCCAAGAACCAAAUUUUCUUCAAGCCGUAACAACUCCAAUAAUGCAGCCUCCAAACCCAACGAGCUCAGCAAAAAUCUUAGAGAAGAAACCAAACCCACUACUAUACGUCCAACCAAAAACAACAACGGUAAUGGUAGAUCUUCAAAUAAUAAUACUUCACGAAUCAACCCAUCAAAAUCCACUUCAAAGCUCGUGUCCUCAAGGCCAAAAACAGCUACCUCAAAUCCUAAUGGCCAAAAGAAAUUAGACAAAAAUUCCACCACUAAAAUCAUCUCUAAACCAUCUUCCCCUCGCACACCCAAACCAGUAACUCACCAGACGCGACCGACGCCUAAUUCAAAGCGCAAUGUAAAAAACCGGAUAGCGAGUUGUUCUGGUUCAAGAUCUGAGCUUUCGUCUGCUGGCAAGAAUAAAUAUUUUCAUUCUCGAAAUGGGUCUCCCAACGAUUUGGGCAGUAAUCACCGUUAUUCGGCUGGACAUUAUGCUACUCUUCACGAUCUUCAUGUUAGUGAUCAGUUACAACGUCUUUCUAUUGACGAAUUCUGUGUAGGUAAAGAUCUUGCAGGCAUGGUCCUUCAUCCAAACUCAAUUUAUGAAUCAAUGGGGUCAGACACAAAGGAAGCAAGUUCUUCUCAAAGCAAUGAUUCGAGAAUGUUUCAAAUUUACAAGGAAAUUGCAUUUCAUCGUCAAGAAAACUCAUCCAUUACAUCUUACUUCACAAAGCUCGAGGCAUUAUGGGAUGAACUUGCAACCUUUAAAACCGACUUGCUUCAAUGUUCUUGUGGUGGUGCAACUGAGAAGCUAAGUGAGUAUAUGGAGAGAGAAAAAGUUAUGCAAUUUCUUGUGGGAUUAAACGAUUCCUAUUCCAAAAUUUGCAAUCAAAUUCUUCUUAGCACUCCAUUUCCAACGAUGGAGAAAGCCUAUUCUGCAGUUAUUCGAGAAGAAAAACAUAGGGAAUUGGUUGUUGAAUUAGAAAGUGUUGCGGGAAAGGUAAUCCAAAACAAUUGGCUUGAUCUUCAGAAUCAGAAUGCUCAUUCUUCCAACAAUGGUGAUAAUAAUGAUGGUGUUCAACAAUUAGUUGAUCAUAGUAAUGAUCUUCACGAGCAGCAAUUUGAUCAAAUCCUGUGGUGAUGCUGAGAAAUUUGAGGUAAUGUUUCCUUUUUUAAAAAAUCAAUUUUAGUCCCUAAACUUUCGUUAAACAAUUUAGCUCCUGAACUUUAGUUUGUAAUGAUUUAGUUCCUAAACUUUUAAUUUUAUAAUGAUUUAAUCGCUAAACUUUUGUAAGAAAUAUUAACAAAGGGAGAUGAUACUUCUAAUAGUACCAGAAAAAAUAGUUAUGAAAAGACAAAUUUUGAGUGUGACGAAAAAAAAAAAAAAGGAAAAAAUUGGUGCCGUUUGCAUCUAUUUUUUAUGUAGUUCAGAUAACCUUCA